GGUUGAUUGAUUUUUAUUUAUCUUUUCCAAAUUUUUUAUGGUUGAUUGAUCUUUUUUCAUUUUUAUUUAAAAUUUUAAUGGUUGAUUUAUUUUGUUCAUUUUAAAUUAAAAUUUCAAUGGUUGUUUGUUUUUUUCAAUUUUUUUAAUUUUCUUUUGUUGAUUGAUUUUAUUCAUUUUUUUUAAAUUUUCAUGGUUGAUUGAUAUUAUUUAUUUUUAUUUGAAUUUUUCAUGGUUGAUUGAUUUUAUUUAAAUUUUCCAUGGUUGAUCCCUUCUAUUUUUUAAAAAAAUUGUUUUUCCCAUUGUUGAUUGAUUUUAUUUCUUUUUAUAUUAAAAUUGUUUAUGGUUGAAUUGUUUUUUUUUCAGAUUUUUCAUGGUUGAUUGGUUUUUUUUAAAUUAUUUCAUGGUUGAUUAAUUUUAUUUAUUUUUCAUGGUUGAUGGGUUUUAAUUAUUUUUUUUAUUAUGGUUGAUUGGUUUUUUUAAAAGAUCUUCAUGGUUGAUUGAUUUUUUUCAUGGUUGAUUGGUUUUAUUUAUUUUUUUCAUGUUUGAUUGGUUUUUUUAAUUCUUUUUAUUUUUUCAUAGUUGAUUGGUUCUUUUUUUCAAACUUUCCAUGGAUGGUUGGUUUAAUUAAACUUUUUUUAAAUUUUUCAUUGUUGAUUGGUUUUUUUAAUUUUCAUAUUUUUCUAUUGUUGAAUGAUUUUAUUAAUUUUUAUUUAUUUUUUUGAGUUUGAUUGAUUUCAUUAAAUUUUUUUAAUUUUUUCAUUGUUGAUUGGAUUUAUUUAUUUUUUUAUCAUGGUUGAUUGGUUUUCAUAUUUUUUUUAUUUUUUUAUGGUUGAUUGGUUUUAAAUAAUUUUUAUAUUUUUUAGGUCGAUUGGUUUUUUUUUAAUUUUUCAUGGUUGAUUGAUUUUUGUUUUAAUUUUAUUUUUUUCAUGGUUGACUGCUUUUUCAUGGUUGAUUAGUUUUUUUAUUUUAUUUCCAUGGUUGAUUGAUUUUUUUUUCAUGGUUGCUUGAUUUUUUAUUUUUUUAUUUUUUCAGUGUUGAUUGGUUUUAUUUUUUUUAUGGUUGAUUGGUUUUUUUUAUAUAUUUUUUUCCUGGUUGAUUGAUUUUUUUCAUAAUUUUCAUGGUUGAUUGAGUCUUGUUAUUUUUGUCAAAUUUUUCAUGGUUGAUUGGUUUUAUUUUUAUUUUCUUUUUUUCAUUGUUGAUUGGUGUUAUUCAUUUAUUAUUUUUUUUCCUGGUUGAUUGGUUUUUUUGUUUUUUUUUCAUGGUUUAUUGACUUUUUGUAUUUUUUUCAAAUUUUUCAUGGUUGAUGAUUUUUUUUUGGUGGUUAAUUGGUUUUUUUUAUUUUCUUUUUAAUUUUUCAUAGUUUAUUGGUGUUUUUUAUUUUUUCAUUUUUUCACGGUUGAUUAAUUUUUAUAUUCUGUUUAAAUUUUUCAUGGUUGAUUGAUUUUGUUUAUUUUUUUCAUGGUUGAUUGAUUUUUUACUUUUUUUCACAUUUCUCAAGGCUGAUUGGUUUCUUUUUUUUCAUUUUUUUCAUGGUUGAUUGGCUUUAUUUAUUUUUCUCUAUAUUUUUUAUGAUUGAUUGGUUUUAUUUUUUUUUCAUGUUUGAUUGAUUUUUUUAUUUUUUUUCAAUUUUUUCAUGGUUGAUUGGUUUAAUUUUUUUCAUGGUUGAUUGAUUUUUUAAUUCUUUUACACAUUUUUCAUGGUUGAUUGGUUUGAUUUAUUUUUUUUAAUUUUUUUCAUGGUUGAUUGGGUUUAUUUAUUUAUUUUCAAUUUUUUUCAUGAUUGAUUGGAUUUUUUAUUUUCUUAUUUUUUCAUGGUUGAACGGUUUUUAUAAUUUUUUUAUUGUUGAAUGGUUUUUUUUAAUUUUUUUCAUGGUUGAAUGGUUUUAUUUUUUUUAUUUCUUUAAUGGUUGAUUGGUUUUAUUUAAUUUUUUUUAUUUUUUUAAUGGUUGAAUGGUUUUAUUUAUUUCUUUUGUAUUUUUUCAAUGGUUGUGUUCGGGUUUUCACGUAAAUUUUCAUUGCGUAGUCGAUUAAGGUUUUGGUUUAGUGUAAUUAAGCCUUAAAAUGUAUCUUGUGACUUGGUGACGCAGCUUUUCUGUUUACCAUAUUUUCUAAUUGCUUCGAUUAUAAUAAUUACACUUUCGUUUGAGCCAACUGACGUUAAUUGAAUAGAGCAUCGUCAUUGGUAGUUUAUUUUGGAUUAAUUAGUUUACAGUAUAUAUAUAGAACGUUGAGAUUUUGUUAUUGCGUGCGUGCAACUGGGGGUGGUUGUGCGAACCCAGCUGUGAUUUGCUGAAUAAUAUGAAAUGUGAAAAGCUCAAAUGACUUUUUCUUCAGUGUUUUCUCUGGAAUACAAAGUUUAAAAAGAAUCAGCAAGAUAGAUCCUGAGAGGUCUAAAAAUCUGGUCCACCGAACCUAGAUGUAUUUGUGUUUCAGUGAAUGAACUAUGGAUGAACUGAAGAAGAAGAGAAACAUCAGAGGAGGACAUAGAGCUUUUGCAACGCAGUUGAUCAGACAGAUUGAAGAUAGUCUUGAAGAUCAAUUGAAGUUGAAGCAGCUUGAGAUACAGCUAGAUGAGAAAUUUGAAGUCUUAGAAAAAUUGGAUGACGAAAUUUUGGGUCUUGUAAGCGAAAUUGAUGAAGAUGGUUUGGGAUGCUUACAAGAAAUUUCUGAGGCUGGAGAGAUGAAGGAAAAAAUAAAUCUAGCGCUGCUCAAGUUGAAGAGUUUAGUGAAGAACGAGAAGCAGUUGGAAUCGCAGAAGCCUAAUUUAACUAGACAUGGCUCAGAAGAAUCAGUUUAUUCUGUAGAAAGUUCAGCGUCGUCAGCAACUCGUAAAGUUCGUGCGAAGCUACCGAAGUUGGAACUGAAAAAAUUUAGUGGCCGCCCCCAAGAUUGGCAGGAGUUCUGGGAUAGUUAUAAAAGUGCGGUUUACGAAAACGAAGAAAUUUCAAAGAUAGACAAGUUUUCGUAUUUGAAGCACUAUUUGGAAGAACCUGCCAAAAAAGUAAUUGCUGGACUUGCUUUGACUGAAAAAAAUUAUGACGUAGCUGUCGAUUUGCUUGAACAGAGAUUCGCGCGACCAACGACGAUAAAAAGGGCACAUAUCAACGAGCUUCUGAAUCUAGAUGCGGUUUUCAAUGAAAAACAUGUUAAGAAGAUGCGAGAACUUUAUGAUACUAUUGAGACACACCAUCGUGGAUUGAAAGCCCUAGGAGUUGACGAAACAUCAUACUCGAACAUAGUUGUACCUGUUUUAAUGGACAAGGUUCCAGAGGCUGUUCGCCUGAACAUGAUUCGAGGAAGUAAGAAUCACCAAGAAUGGGAUAUGGAAGAAAUGCUUGUGGCUUUUCGAGAAGAAUUGGAGAUUCGUGAACAGCAUGUUUCGAUUUCAAUGGCUUUGGGAAAUGGGACCGUUUCUGGUAGGACGUCAUCAGAACGGCGAAGUGAGAUGAAACCGAGGUUUCCUGGUCGAACAACAACAGCGAGUGCGUUGUUUACGAAACAAGAUGGUGGAUUUGCGAGAAGAAAGUUCUGUGUAUUUUGUAAAGAAGAUCAUGAAGAAGCCGAUUGUCACAACGUCAGGAACAAGGAAGAAAGGAAGGAUCUUGUUUUUAAAUAUGGACGUUGUCUUUUGUGUUUAAAAAAGGGACACAGAGCUUACCAGUGUCAUUCGAAGGAAAAAUGUAAGUUGUGUAACAAACGACACCAUGUUGCAAUUUGUAAUGUUGUUGGUAGUCAGCCUAGUGCUAACCAAGCUCGUGUCAAGACUGUUGAUACUACUGUUACCACUUCUUGUGUAAGUAAUAUAGAUUCUGGGGGGAGAGCAGUCUUGCAAACCGCCAAGGCCGUAGUUACAGGUAGCAUAAGGAAUGUUAAGGCACGUGUUCUUUUUGACUCAGGUAGUCAGAGGAGUUUUGUAACACGAAGUAUGGUAGAAAAACUUGGUUUGAGCCCCAUUAAGCAAGUGCGCUUAGGUAUAAAGACAUUCGGAUCUCAAAAUAUGGACGAGAAGAUAAGAGAUGUGGUCGAGUUGGAGUUGAAAGGAGUUGAAAGUGGAGGGAAAGUGAAAAUACAGGCCUUUGUUGUUAAUGAAGUUUCAGAAAUACGCAAUGAGCAUGUUGAAAUAUUGAAGUAUGAUUAUAAGCAUCUUACUAACUUGUGGUUUUCAGAUGUUUGUAGGCACGAAGAUUCCCUUAUUAUAGACAUUUUAGUUGGAAGCGAUUGGCUUUGGACGCUUCAAGAUGGUCGUAUAAUACGAGGGGAGCCAGGAGAGCCUGUUGCCAUUCAUACUAAGAUUGGAUGGGUUGUGUCAGGGCCAAUAAAGGUCUCAACAGAUUGAAGGGGCAGUUGAAAAAGCUCAAGGAGAAGCCUGCAAUAAUGGAAACCUAUGAUGGGAUUAUAAAGCAACAAGAAAGGGAUAGAAUCAUUGAAGAGGUUACAAGUCUUGAGCUAAGUGAGAAGCUUAGUUAUCUGCCACACC